ACGAACUCUGCCUCUACGGAGACCCCGCGAACCGCUCGCCUCGAAGCUGGCAGCGCGUACACACUACACACAUCAGCCUCCGUGGAGAGUUGCAUAUCACGUAUCAUGUCAGCAAGAUCAAAGCUGGACGCUUGCAUUAAGGGGCUUGAGGACAGCCUAGGCGUUCCGGCAGCUUUGAAGGACAGCAUCGGUGGCGUCCCCUCCACAACAGCACCAGCGACAGCGCUACAACUUGUAGAUAGCACCAUCGCCACCCUCGAGGCGUCUCUCGGUUUGCCUCCAGGAGCCGUUCUUACUCCCGUCGAUGCCAAGGGCAUUGCGGGAGGAGAUACGAAGCGUCCCACGAAGGGAAAAGAAGGCGUUAAUAAAGGGGGGAGAAAGAAGGCCGGCAAAGCAGCUGCUUCAAACGUCGGAGUUUCUUCCGCGGAUCAGCCCGAUGGAACGAAGGUCGACCUGAGGGUGGGGCAAAUCACUCGAGUCUGGACGCACGAGACGGCCGAUAAGCUAUACUGCGAGGAGAUUGACGUUGGAGAAGGAGCUCCUCGAAACAUUGCUAGCGGGCUCGUGCCGCACUACUCCCUCGAGGAGAUGAAGGGAAGAAAGGUCAUCGUCAUGUGUAACCUGAAGCCGCGCAAUCUGAAGGGGUUCAAGAGCCAGGGCAUGGUGGUGUGCGCCGUCGGCGCUCUUGGCGACGGCAAGGAACAUGUGGAGCUUGUCGUUCCUCCAGAGGGAUCUGCCGUGGGAGAGAGGCUCUCUUUCGAAGGACUUGCGGGCGGGCCCUUCGAGCCCGUUUCCGCGGCACAGAUGGAGAAGAAGAAAGUUUUGGACAAGAUUCUUCCGGAACUCACCACGGACGUGGAAGGCACGGUGAGGUGGCGAGACCACGCAUUGGUGUCCUCUUGCGGUGCAUGCACGGCCCCUACCGUCCGUGACGGCGCCGUCCGCUGA